GGAAGUGCUGUCGGUGACGGCGCGCGACUCCAUUUUAGGCUUCAUUCAUCUUCGCAGCCAGUGAGAUUACGCGCUCGCUACGGAAAAAACGACAAUAAAGAUGGUUAAGAUCUUUGUUGGCAACCUAUCCUCAGGCACGACCGCGGAAGAUCUGCGCUCUCUUUUUUCUGAAUACGGCAAAGUAAAAGAGUGUGACGUCCUGAAAAAUUAUGGCUUUGUGCACAUGGAAGGUAAGCAGGAGGCCGAAGAGGCCAUCCGCAAACUCCACCAUCACGAGCUCAACGGGCAAGCCAUAAAUGUGGAGAUGAGCAAAGGGAAGCCCAGGGGCUCCACCAAACUGCAUGUGAGCAACAUAAGCAGUGGCUGCACCAAUCAGGAGCUCCGGGCCAAGUUUGAGGAGUAUGGACCUGUGGUUGAGUGUGACAUAGUAAAGGACUAUGCCUUCGUUCACAUGGAGCGAAUGGAGGAUGCCAUGGAGGCCAUCAGUGGGCUGGAAAACACGAACUUCCAAGGCAAGCUGAUCAAAGUACAACUGUCCACAAGUCGCCUCCGUACAGCGCCCGGCAUGGGAGACCAAACUGGCUGUUACAUCUGCGGAGAACCGGGCCAUUGGUCCAAAGAUUGCGGACGUGGCCAAAAUGGUAGCUAUGGUGGAGGCAUGGGGGGAUUCCCCGGCGGUAGAGGCCCCCCAAGGAGCGCCCCGAGUUACGGCAUGGGCGGCCCUGGAGGUCUUCCUAGUAGAGGUUACCCAGCAGGGCCGCUUCCCCCUCCCCCGCCCAUGAGCCGGCGUCCCAGCUACGGCGAGUACGGCGCGGAUGCUCGAGAACGGUACCUAAGCAGGCCGCCGAGCGCCUAUCCCGAGAGGUCGUCCAUCUAUGAGCGAGAACGCUACGGAAGCAUUGACUAUUACGAGAAGUAUCGGGCUCGUCCGGCUGGCUCUAACUUCUUUGACAAUAGCAGGCCUCUCUCUAUUCCCCCUCCUCCUCCCCCACCUCCCUCUUCUUCUUCUUUCUCAAGGAUGCGGUUGGCUCCUCCCAGCCUCGAUCCCUAUGAGCGACGCCCUCUGGCGCCUCCACCUCCCACGGCAUCGGCGUACUUCUCGCGGGACCGUAGCCCAAUCAGACGUGUGGGCGCCGGUUCGGAAGGAUACUCGUACGAGCGCUCGCGACUUUCCCCGAUCUCAAGGAGCUCAUCGACUUACACCGUGCCGCGGGCCAGAGAGAGCUACACCGAGCGGGUUCGAUACGCAUACUAAGCCCACACACAUGCUAAGGUGUUGUCAAGUGAAGAGACUUCCCUCCAUCUAUAUGACUUUGCCUCAAUCAGAUGCUCCAUCGAUUUCAAAGAUGAAGGAUUGGAUGGGCACAUUGAUCACAAUGCUUAUUAGAUCUUCAAGUUAUAAUAUCGCACAAACUGCUGUUUAAUUUCCCUUUCCAAUGGAGACAUCUGUGUAUGAUUGCAAGAAGUGGUUGUAAUUUUGGUUUUUGCUUUGCUUUUCGCUUACUUCCAGAGGUAAGGUGGGGUGGCUAAUGUCAGCAUAAUUUUAACUAUUAACUGCAAUUAAACAGACACUUUGUGAGAUUCUGAAUUGUACUUUUGUCUGUAAUUUCCCCCAGUUAAAUUUGAUCACUAUUAUUUACUUUUAUUUUUUUUUAAAUUGAUGCUCCAUUAAUGCUCCUUUUCUGAAGCUUUCGGGUUGGCUUGCCACUUAAUUUUUUUGAUUUAAGUUCCGUGAGGACAAUCUGGUUACGUUUCUUAUGGCGAUAAUAAUGCCAGCGUUUUGUUUUUAGGGGAGAGUGGGAAUCUGAAAUUAAUCCUGUGGCCAGCAAAAAGCUCUACAGGAAAAAAAAUUCUAAAAUUCAACAUUCCAAAAUUCUUUUUAUUUGCUACAGGUGAUUGGUAUAUACAGACUCUUCAGAUGUGAAUAGUACUUGCCUGUUGAAUUGUGUUGUAUCUGAUAGGUAUGUUCAACAAGGAUGGCCAGCUUGUUUCUAUUACCAAUGUUUGUGAGUUUUUGUGAUUUGGAAGCUUGGAUAUGAAUUUUGAGUUUGUUUUGAUUGUUUACUCCCUCUAACUGAUGUUUAAGUCCUUAAAAUAUGAUUUGAUAUACAACCUAAAUAGUUGGCCAGCUUUCAGUGAGAUGCAAACUGUUUUCUGUUCUGUACACCCCAGUGACUGUUUAUGGCGGGGGAUCGUUACAUUGUAAGAAGAUUCAGCUAGAUGGAAAGGUGGACUGUACAUGUGAGUGAAUUGGACAUUUGCAUUAGAUGUGCUGACCAACUCUCACUCAGGGCUUUAUUCACCUUUGGAGACCGCUAGCGUUUAUGGGCGAUUCUUCUUUAUGGGUGCCUUGGGAAGCUCUGUGAGAAUGUUUAUAAAUUUGAUUUUCUGUAGUUUGUAUAUUUCCUACAGAAGUCAGGAGUGUGUUUUAUGAAUUAUCUUUUGUAAUAAACCAGUAUUUUGGUGAAAAAA